GUAUGGGCGCGCAAGGCGCGUGGCCGCGCGAAGCGCCGGCGCUGCUGAGCACGGCGCUUCUGCUGGGCGGCGCUCUGCCGGAACGGCCUGCGGCUCCGCUCUUCACCAUAGACAGCAUUCUGGCGCCGCGACCGCCGCCCAACGUGCCCUCCGCCGUGCCGCCGUUGCAACUACACCACCUCGCGCAUACGCCUUUCCACAGAGCACACGAUCUUUUCGGGGUGAGCAGCGUGGGCGGCGGCGGCGCGGGGUACGCGGGCUUAUACGGCGGCUACGCUGCGGCUGCGCUUGCGGGUUUGGCAGGCCCGCCGCCAAAGCGCAAACGGCGCCACCGCACCAUCUUCACGGAAGAGCAGCUCGAACAGCUCGAGAGUACUUUCGACAAGACGCACUACCCAGACGUCGUGCUGCGAGAACAACUCGCGCUGCGCGUCGACCUCAAAGAGGAGCGAGUGGAGGUGUGGUUUAAGAACCGGCGGGCGAAAUGGAGGAAACAGAAACGGGAGGAGCAGGAGAGAUUGCGGAAGAUGCAGGAGGAGCGGGCUUGCGGUAGAACGCCACUCCUGCCGCGGCCGCCGCCCGCACGCUCUCCGCACUCGCCGCACUCUCCGCACACGCCCGGCGCCCAGUCACAGCCCGGCAGGAGUUACUCCGACGACUCUGACUCCGAAGUAGAGGUAGCUUAAGCAAUAUACUGUCAGAAAAAGUGAUAUAGACG